CCGACAUGGAUUAAGGAGCUGCAGUAUCGUCAGGCUGGGAGGUUUUGGGAAAUACAGUCGAGACUGCAACGUAGUGCAGUGCAAAGAGCAGAGUGCGUAGGUGGAUCUUGUGGUGAGCUUUGUGUAUCCUGCACAUGUAGUAGAUGAUCCAGACACGUAGCCUCAAGGCUGCACUGCACAACAAUGCCAGAGUCCUCCCUGGAAGUCAAGGAUAUUUGCAGCACCUCUGUUGAAUGUAGAACAUCCCCCUUGAGGCAGUUUAGCCAAUCAUCGCUGCCACUGCACAGAAAGUCCCACAUGCUCACUACGUUCUGCACAGAGCACAACGUGCAAGAAUGUCUGUCACACAUCAAUCAGGAGGUUUCAUCUCUUGGCCUCCCACCAGUUUGGACGGAGUCAGGCAGCAGCUCGGAGAUGAAUGUUGUGGCUGUGCUAAAUUGCAUGUAUGACCUGAUUCAGCUGCAUCGCAGGGGCCUCCGAACUCUGGAAAACAUGGAAGUGGAGCAGCUUAAGUCCAGCAGCAAUGUGGACUACCUACAGCUCACCAGCACCCGACUAAAAGAGCAGCUUGAAUUGUCCAAAAGAGAAAACACAGGACUCCUUGAGAGAGAGCGACAACUGCAGCUGAAAGUGAAGAGUUUGCAAAACUGCCUGAAAAAUGAAAAAGAAGAGGUGCAAAAACUUCAGAACAUAAUUGCAAGCCGGGCCAGCCAGUAUAAUCAUGAGAUGAAAAGGAAAGAAAGAGAAUUUAACAAACUGAAGGAGCGCUUGAAUCAACUUCUGGUUGAUAAAAAGGAAAAGAAACAAGCUAUUGAUGUAUUAAACAACAUUGGAAGAGCUGAUGGGAAGAGAAGCCUUUGGAAAACCGAAAAGACAGAGGCAAAGCAUGAGGGAGAGAUGUAUAAGACUCUGCUGAGCGACUAUGACACUCGACAAAGGGAGUUGCUGUCAGAAAACGCAGAGUUGAAUAAAGUGUUGCAGCAAAUGAAAAAGGACAUCGUGUCCAUUCUAAGUUCAAGGAAACUGACGCUGAAAGGCGAAAAGCAUCAAGACGAUGGCACACAGGCUGACUCAGAUGAGGAAGAGGAAGUGUUUGAUUCCAGCAAAGAAAGCGUUGAGCUGUAUUGUGUUCACGCCCGGGAGAAGCUCACCAACAGUAUUCGCCUCCAGUGGAGAAGACUCAAGAGCCAUGUUGAAAGAUUGGACAGCCAAGCAUCUUUGGCUCAGAUGGGUGAGAGUAAAAACACUGACGCUGUUUCCCGAGAGACUCAUGAGGAGGAGAUGGACAGACUGAAGCUGGAGAUCCAGCAGUGCAAAGACUUCAUUCAAACACAGCAGCAGCUUCUGCAGCAGCAGCUGAGCUCUCCGUGCGACGAGGAGACGGCAUCCCUGCUGAGCGACUGCUACAUGCUGCAGGAGAAGGAGCGCCUCAGAGAGGAAUGGAAGACCCUGGAGGAGCAGAGAAAGAUCUUUGAGAGGGAGAGGAGAAACUUCACUGAAGCAGCGAUAAGACUUAGCCAUGAGAGGAAGGCCUUCGAGGAGGAUCGAGCAACGUGGCUCAAGCACCAGUUUUUAAACCUGAGCCCAUUUGCUGACUCAAAGAAACCCCCUAUGUCAAAGUCUAAAAGUGCCUUUUUAAUAUCUGAAACAAAGGCGAGUGUAGUGUCGGCUCCAGAAAAGCUCAUCAAAUGCCCGUCUGACACAACGGCCACACCCAGAUGUGUUCCACUCACAUCACCAUCCACAGCCGACCUGUAUCGCACACUUUGCCUUAUACCAGAAAACAGCUCCACCAAACCAAAGAGAAAGACUGCUGAAGGAUCAAGUAUCUUGUUUAAUGGAAAUGCUCCAGUUCAGCACAAACGGUGGGACGACAGUGAAGACCACAGCAGCAACGCACUCACAAAGGAAAAGAACAGCUCUAUAUGAAGCCAAAAACUUUCAUCAUUUGAAUCAGCAUUAUUGUUAAUGUCCAUUAAUCAUGGAUGAUGGAGGAUAUACGUGAGUUGCAAAUGCAAAACACUUGCAGAAAGACUGUAAAGUUGGGGAGCAGUUGAAGCCAAACUGCUUAGCUGCUGGUGUUCUGUGCGACUGAGAGAAAAAUUAUCUAAUUGUUUUUCUUUUUAUAUCUUCCUAUUUUUAUUUUAGAUUAUGUGACAAAAGUAUUUAUGUGGUACUGUAAAUCUUGUUUUUACCAUCAUAUCUUAUAUCUAGGAUCUUAGUCUGAGGCUAAUAUAUUUUAGCAAUGCAGGUGCAACAAAAGAUCAUGAGUCCCUGUAAUGAGACGCUGCUUGGCCCUUGUUAGUGGUCGCUGUUGGCGCUCAAACCUGCCUAAAUGUUGCUGUUGAUAUCACUGCUUUUCAGCUUCUGUUAUAAUGUUAUGCAGGUCAACUGACACAAUGUUUUAGAAUGUAAAUUUAAUGCUGCUGUUUCACUGAAUGCAAUACGAAAGCUGGGUUAAAUAUGAAGUAUGUUUCUGUAGUUCAAUAUGGAAAUGUGAUUGACAGCAUUGUUUUCUAGUAACUGCUGCAGUUACAUUAGUAAUGAGUGAUGUGUGAUGUUGCUGUUAAAUAGGAAGAAACGCUGUAGAAUUUAGCACAAAUUACAUGAUGUGUGCUGUAGAACCCUGACAAAGGUUAGACUGCUCUGAUGUCUAUAUGAAUGUAAAUUCCUCUCACCAUUUUUUCAAAACGAAUGUGUUUGUUUUAGCGGCUUUUUACUGAUGGAUUAGAAUAACUCUUAAAAUAGGAAUGUGACACAAUGCAUUCUAGACAAUCUUGUAUUCUUGAAACAUUCAUUACACAUUCUUG